AUGUCGGGAGAGAGUCCUGAAGGUCACCGACCUGACAAUGGGCAUGGUGGCGACUUCAAUGAGUCUCCUCUUGAUUACAUCUCAGGUCAAGGUCUCGGGAGAUCGCCAUCACCGUACUCUUGUUCAGAACGUACUGUCCCAACACAGGUCGCUGGACCAGAUGAGGAAGGUCAGCUAAGCGACGAUCAUAACAUCGUCCUAGACUCUGACGCAGCCAAAGAGAAUGAGAGACAAGUUCUAGAACAGGCCGGUAUAGAACUAGAAACACAAGAGCUUGAAGCCCACUGGCGCCGCCGGCUACACACCGAAACCCCCGUCCCGGCGCAACCAUCUCUCGUCAUUGGGGCGCCGCUAGGCAAGAAUCUCACAGCAGCUGAAGCCGCAAGACGUCUUGUAUCCCAAUGGGAGGCAAUCUACAAGGCUACCGUCUCAGAAACUCCCGAGGGUGCCGCUUCCGUUCUGGAAUCUCUAGACGAAGCUCGCGCUCAACUCGCCUCCUUUCAAUCCUCCGAUGGAGGCAGCAGCUUCGGCGAGAUAUCAACGCCACUCAACUCUCUCGCAGAACAUAAACUAAACUCCGUCUCUUCCCGCAUUCAAGUACUAGAGUCCGCAUUGUUGGAGUCCACCUUUCCACCAGAGCGAGCAAACAUCUCCGCCGCAAUAUCAUUCUACCGCAACUCCAGCAUCCCUUACUCUUCGAAUUGGGCUCUAGUCUACGCCGGCAAUCUUGUCGACUUCGCGCCGACCUAUGCCUCCUUCACCUCCGAUCGCGCCGAACGGCUGGACCGUUACUCGCGAAUGUACGGCGAAGGAUGGCUCUGGUUCGAACCGCCACUAGCCCGAGAGUCCGCACCAAUCUUCUCCGCGCGCCGCGGGACCUGGCUGCCGGAGACGGACACAUCGUUUGACAUGGGACACUACAGCGUCGCCAUGUCGUUCAGACGGAUGAAGAACCUGGCCUACCAUGGUACAAACUCCUCGCGAAAACGAAGACGCUCCGAGAUCUCUGACGAAGACGAGAUAGACUGGCCACUCUCGUCGGCCGAAACGGACUCGGAAAGCUCCCUCUCUCCGACCGCCCGUCCUUCGAGAAAGCGCGCACAAGAAAAGGCACCACCCACCCAGCUUCGCGAAUCCCGUCCUACCCGGCAUCCGCACAUGACCACCGACCCUGCCGCGCCGGUGCUGCAUUUCAGCAUGCUGCUCGACAGCGGCGCGACGCUCCCUAUGCUCUACCACCAUGACAUGCUGGCACUGGGCAUCAAUCCAAACCAAUACGCCGCCGUAUCCUGCAUCACGGUCGAAACGGCGGCUGACAAGCUGAUCACUUCGUGGAUUUACGAGAUGCAGGUCGCUAUAGCAGACACGAACACCUGCUCCUCGCUAGUAUCCCCCACCUCUCCCGUCUGGCCUGCAGAAGAACAUUAUUUGGGAGGCAUUGUCCCCGUCAUGGUCAAACCUCUGCCGAAGCCGGGCAAGGGGCCAGCGUUUUCCACUUCAAGUGGGAAGACGAGCGCAAUCGCGCAGACGGUGGGAGAUCAUACCACAUUCCUCGAAACAGCAACCUCUGUAAUCGAUACAGCGGAGGGAAGAGACUACGGCCGGCUUUCGGGGUUGCUUCCCUUCAAAUGCUGCUACGUCCAGUCCACCCCCGGCCUCAAGGCGAUCUGGCUGGGUGAAGACCGUCGGGAUGUUUUGGGCGCGCAUCGAAUGCCGGGCCAGAUGCGAUGGGCGCCAGGUUCGAACCGUACGUGUGAUCCGGGACAGCCAAGGGACUUGUGGAAGGAUAUCUGCGGCCAAGGUGACGAAGGCAAGCCCGUGUUGCUACGCAUGGCGCAUGAAAACGUCGCCUCUGGGAGCGGCGGUAGAGGCAAAGACCCCGUGCGCAUGGUGGAUGUUGAAGAGAAGGGGUGGAAGGGACGGAGUGAGAUCUUGGUUGUGGAUGGGAACGGGGUUCGGACGAAACAUGUCAUUGAGCCCAAAUCUUUGCACGGCCAGGGGGUGAAAAGGAGGAAACUGAACAGGUGA